AUGCCCCUGGCCCCGCAGAGGUGCUCAUUCCCGGUGGCAUUUGCUCUCUCCCCUCCAGCAUGCGUGCUGUGUCGCCGGGCACACGCAGACCCAAACAUCUGCGGGCCCAAACUGAGGAACGGAGGGAUCUGUGCCCAUCGCUUUUGCCUAUGUUUCGCCAAUGGGAAACAACAGCAAGAGACUGCAGAUGAGUUUCAUCUUAAGGAUAUUAGCUGCGUGAUCAAGCGGGCGGCGUACAAGGACUGCUUCAUCUGUGGCGAGAGCGGGGCCACCAUCACCUGCUGGCAGAAGGGCUGCAAACGCAGAUUCCAUCUCCCCUGUGCUGUGGAGGGUAGAUGCAUCACCCAGUUCUUUGAGCACUACAGGUCCUUCUGCUGGGAGCACCGCCCACAGCAGGCAGUGGUGGUGGCUCCAGAGAACACUGCCUGCCUCAUCUGCCUGGAGCUUGUGGAGGGCAGAACAAGCUACAGGACCCUGGUGUGCCCAGCAUGCAAACACGCCUGGUUCCACAGGGCCUGUGUCCAGAAUUAUGCCCUCCAUGCGGGUUUCGUCUGCUUCUCGUGCCCGCACUGUCAAAAUCAAUAUCAAUUCCUGACAGAAAUGCGCACCAUGGGGAUCCGAAUCCCCAGGAGAGGACCAUCAUGGACAGAAGACGGUGGCUACGCACAAUUACGCAAGAGGCACAGCCGCUGUGAUGCCAGGCAGUGCCUUUGUCCAGGAGGCAGGGAGGAGGCAGAGCAAGAGGGGCCCUGGCAAUUGCUGCUGUGCUGCUCCUGCGCUGCUGAGGGCACCCACAAACGCUGCUCCUCCCUGAAGCACAGCACAACUAGCUGGGAGUGUGACACCUGUGCUGGCGCAGGCACCUCCUCUGGUGCCAGCUCGGCGCUUGCAAAGAGGGGCCCCCCAGCCAGGCAGUGCCGGGGCUGUCUCACUUCUCCCCAGCACCUGGGACCAGCAGCCCCAGCACUGGCAGCCAGGCACCACUGGGACCAAGCCACGCUUCCCCCGUGCAAGAGGGCAGCAGCCGCUCCAGCCCCCCAGGACCUGACCGACGGCAAAACCAAACCCGAUUGA